AUGCCAGCUUCCACGCAUUCCCAAGAUGAAUCUAUGCCCGAUGCUGCUCCGCAAUCGCAUGAGCAAGAGCCGCAGCACCAAGAGCAAAUUGAGGACGAAGAAGAUACGAUCGAACUAGAUGGUCAGAGAAUUACCAUUUUACCUGGUGCUGCGGAGACGGCUGCCUCUUUCCAGUUCGAUAAGGAAGACCAUACCCUUGGAAACGCACUGAGAUACGUGAUUAUGAAAAAUCCCGAAGUCGAAUUCUGCGGAUACACAAUGCCACAUCCUUCAGAAGCUAAAAUGAACCUGCGCAUCCAGACAUAUGACACGACAAACGUCUUUGAAGUCCUGGAAAAGGGUUUUGAUGACCUCAUGGAUCUGUGCGAUACGGUAACAGAGACCUUCAUGGAGGCAAAGAAUGCCUUCGGAGAAAUUCAGAGCCAAUGA